AUGAGACACCAUUCAGCAUUCGGUGCCCUGGCUUUCGCCUCUCUGCUAGGCUUCGUCACUGCAAAGGCCAAAGGCGAUGGCUACUACGGCUACCGUCUGAACCGUCGUGGCGAUGACGAGUCUGCCAUUUACGAGACGGAAAACACCAACAGCGGCGUCCCGCCUCUUAACCAGGAGCCGGAUGUUUACCUCAACGCUAAUGUCUCUGUUGGAGAGAUCUCAAUUGAGGUCCAGAACAUUACCGCUAAGAUCAACCUCGAUGCCAAAGUUCUCAACCUGCUCAACUUCAACGCCGGUGUUGAUCUCGGUAUUGACCGUGUGAAGCUCGGCAUUUACAACGUCACCGCCAAGGUUGAGCUCGAGGCUCGUCUGGGAAAUAUCCUGAGAAUGGUUGAUGAUGUUCUCGAGAGCAUCGACCUGAACCCCAUUAUCGCUACUCUGGGUGAUAAUGUUAAGGACAUCGUUGGCGAUGUCGGCGAUGUCAUUGGCGGAAGCGGAGGAAGCAGCGGAUCAGGUGAAACUGCCGAGGAGUUGGAAAAGCGAGAUCUCACCAUCCGCCUCGAAAACAACAUCCUCUACUCCAUCAACGACUUCACCGGCUCAGCCCACACAAACCGCGUCCUGACCCAAGACGGCUUCCUCUACAACAUCAACCUCGACAACCAAGGCGUUGAGAAGCGCCGAAAGGAAGUCGGCUACUACAGCAAAGACAUGAAGUUCACCGGCCACAACAGGACCAUCACUGGAGACGAGGGUACUGAGUUUGAGCUGCAGUACACUUAUGCGCCUUAUCACGGACUCAGCGCGUACUGCAAUAUUUACACUGAUGCUACUGGCAAGGUUCUGCGGACCAAGAUUGUUGCUGAGGCGGAGGGUGGAGGUGCUGCUACUAUUGCGAACAAGGAGGAUGCUGAUUUAUAA